CUUCGGGUCUCUUUGGCUCCUGCCGCUUGCUGCUCCGGCCCGCGCCGCGCGUCGCCAUGCCUCGCAAAAUCGAAGAGAUCAAAGAUUUCCUGCUCACGGCCAGGAGGAAGGAUGCCAAAUCUGUCAAGAUCAAGAAAAACAAAGACAAUGUGAAGUUCAAGGUGCGCUGCAGCAGAUACCUGUACACCCUGGUCAUCACAGACAAGGAGAAGGCAGAGAAGCUGAAGCAGUCCCUGCCUCCAGGUUUGGCGGUGAAGGAGCUAAAAUGAACCAGACACAGAUCGGAACUGUACAUUAAAACCUUGAAAAGUCAAAAAAAAAAAAAAA